CUCAUGGUGAGCCACAGCCACCCCUGCUCUGCAGGGGACCCUCCAACACUAGCAGGACUGUAUAUGAGAGAAGUGAAGUUCUCUAAAUUGGUGGAAGUCUGAUUCAAGUUGGAGCUACAGCUGAUCUGUAACUUGUUUCUUGUGGGAAUCCUGCCUACAUUUGCCAUGAGUCAGAUCAAGAUACGAGGAAAAAAUGACUUGUGCAACCGAAUUCUGAGAACAUGGGAGGAGCAAACUGUGGGUGCUGAGAGCCGUGUGUGUCUGUGUGUUGCAGACACAGAUCUGGGCUCACCAAACAGAACUUUAACCAACCUGAAGACAAGGUUAAGGUGGCAACUUUAAUGAUGACUGACCUGAGGCUGAAUGAGAAAUUUGUUUGUAGGUGCCUAUGAACACCUAAGGAGAAAUUGCACCAUGGGAAUUAAUUUGGGGACCCAAGAGCUUCCUUCUCAAAUCUCUGACACUUCGAGUUCAAUCCAUAAUCCUAGAAGGGCCCUCCAACAGCGAAGACAAGAUGCAUAGAAGAGAGAAGAUUCUACAGUCCAUGGGGUCCCAUCACCUGAUUCAACCAAGCACCAGACCCCAGGUAGAGGAAUGGGCUCACUCAGUGCAGCAAACUCAAAGCUCUGCUUUGAUGUCUUUAAAGAGAUGAACUAUGACCACAUGAUUGAGAAUCUCAUCUUUUCUCCCUUGAGUCUCCUGUCUGCCCUGGCUGUGGUGCUCUUUGGGGCCAGAGGAGACAGUGCAUCCCAGAUGGAGAAGGUGCUAUACUUGAAUGAAUUAAUGAGAACUGCAAAUUCUUCAAACUCAACGUGUGAACAAGAUACAGGGGUCCAUUCACACAUUCAAGCACUCCUCUCUGAAAUCAUCAAGUCCAGCCACAGUCAAGUCCUCAUGGCAAGUGGGAUGUUUGCAGAAGAAGCCUAUCCAUUCCUCCCUAAAUAUUUAGACUGUAUUGAACAAUUAUAUAAACUAAAACCUGAAAAUUUGGAUUUCAAAAAUAACAUAGAAGAAGCCAGAUUGCAGAUUAACUCAUGGAUUGAAAAUAAGACAAAAGGUGAAAUCAAGAACCUCUUGUUACCCAAUAGCCUCACAUCCUCUGAUGAGUUGGUGCUGGUUAAUGUCAUCUCCUUCAGAGGGACCUGGAAGUAUGCAUUUCAGAAAGACCAAACCACGGCAAUGGCUUUCAGGUUGGAUGAGUCUCAGAGCAAACCUGUUCAGAUGAUGCGGCUGCAAGGGCACUUUAAACUGGACUCCAUAACGGAGCCUCGGGUGCAAGUUCUUGAGGUGCCUGACGUGGAAGGUCACCUGAGUAUGGUCAUCGUCCUACCCAGAGAGGAAGCUGGCCUGGGACAGGUUACCAAUGAAAUCACUUAUGAGAAACUAAGCAACUGGAUAGGCUCAGCCAACAUGAAAGACACAGCUGUGGUCCUGUACCUGCCCCAGCUCAGACUUCAUGGGUACUAUGAAGACUUAACUUCCAUACUGGCAGCUUUGGGAAUGACGGAUGUCUUUAACCACUCAAGGACUAACUUGUCUGGCAUAACUGCAGGAGGAGACCUCAGGGUCUCCAAGAUAAUCCAUAAGGCCAUGCUAGAGGUUAUUGAGACUGGUUCAGAGUUCACACUUAACAACCAAACAAGCAAAUUUGAAAAUCCUGAACUCUUCAAGGUGGAUCAUCCUUUUCUCUUCUUUAUCUUACACAAGGAAACUAAGAUGAUUCUCUUCUAUGGUAGAGUCUGCAACCCUUAAGGAAGGGACUGAAUUUAUACUCAAACAACUUUCUGAUUCUUGAAAUUAGCUGGAUUUUAUGAGCUUGUAGAAAACACUCAGUAUAGGUGCAACUAAAAGAGAUACACCAUACUUCUUAGCAAUGUUUUUCUUUCAACUAUCUCAUGUAGAAUAUGUAUCCCAUCCCUUCUUGAUUUGGUUUACUUUGGUUAAACAAGUUAUAGCAUGCUAUUAAUUGCAUUUAUUAAAAAAUUAUGAUCCAUA